CUUUCUCUUUAGACGAGAAAUUUUUGACAUUAAUUAUUUCGAAGAACAUUCGAAUACAAAUAUGAUCUACUAGAUUGUACUAGAUUGCAAUGUGCUCAGUUGGCAGUUGUCAAAACAAGAAACUUUAGCGAUGGAUGGAAGCGCGAAGAAUGCCGGCGAUUCGCAGUUUAUAUCGUUUGACGAACUGACUGCAGAUGUCCAUUUGGGUACAAAUCAAGCUCAACUCGAGAUAAAUCCCUCUGGUCAUCAAGGUUUCGGUAACCUGAACAAUGAUCCUUCUGGGAUUGGUGCCAUCGAGGAUCUUCAGGACACGCCUGAUAAGAGCCAAGCUUCCUCGCAACCUAGUUUCUGGACCAUCGAGUAUUAUAAAAAAUUCUUCGAUGUCGAUACCAAUGACGUAGUGGAACGUAUUAAAAGGUCGAUGGCUCCUCACAUUUCAGGGAAUUACUUGGAGACGCACAUUCGUCCUAGGCCAGAUUUGUAUGGUCCAUUUUGGAUAUGCGUAACUCUGGUAUUUGCGUUAGGGAUAAGCGAAAAUAUGGCCAAUUACUUGUAUACCGCUGCCUCUGGGACGUACCAUUGGAGGUAUGACUUUCACAUUGUUUCUUAUGCGGCGACGUUGAUAUUCUUGUAUGCCUGGCUUCUACCUAUUGCGCUCUGGGGAGCGUUAAAGUGGACCAGCAGCGAAUCCCAUAAUGAAACCGAGUUAAUAGAGCAAGUUCCACUAACCCCUGGCCUUUUGGAGUUACUAUGUUUAUACGGAUACUCUUUGGCGAUUUACAUUCCAGUUGCAUUUUUUUGGACCAUACAGAUCACGUGGCUACAGUGGGCAUUAGUCGGGGUAGCGGCGCUUUUAUCCGGGGGUGUUUUGUUGCAGUCGCUGCUUCCAUUUAUAAAAGGAAAACAUAAGCCUAUUUACUUUACUGUCAUUUUGGGAUUGCACGUACUACUGGCGGCUGGAUUCAUGCUGUACUUUUUCCAUUUCCCUUCGAAGAAAUCGGUUACACCGCAGGGUGUUGUUGUACCUUCCGUGACAGUGGCUAGUGUAGUCGCUAAAGCAAUAUCCGACGCCAGUGUUGUGAAUGCGACGCAUAAUCCACACUGACUGUGACCGUUCCCUAUGCACGAUGCAAUAUUCAUAACUCGUUCCAUAUCUGGAGUAACCCGAUAACUGCUUCUUGUCACUACAAGAUGUGACUUAUCUCGUCAUCAGAGGAACUUCUGCUUCCUGUCUCAAUCUUUGUCUGUUCUUCGACGUAGACAGACAGUACUUUGUAUCGUAAUGUAACUGUAAAUUAUUACUUUCUGUAAAUGAUUAAAUCUCUAAAUAAACGGGCCAGAAAACAAGGGAUUAUUAUCAUUAAUUAGAAUGGCGUUCAAUAUGAAUUUUCAGUGAUAUGAAAGACAUUAAGCGAAAACUUUUUUGCUAACCGUAAGUCACUCUUAACCAGGUAUAUAAUUCAUGGUCAGAGAAGAAGUCGAUUUAAGUAAAGACGCGAAGAGGGGUCGAGUGCCGGUUGAUUUAUUCUGCCCUAUUAUAAAAUAGGAACGUGUUACACCAACAUAACACACAUUCACAAUACGAGUCUUUACCAUUCUCCACGUAAUUACUUUAAAUGUAACGGAUUACCUAAAUAAUCAAUCGUACACAAUCUAAUUAGAUUCUCGUUCACCUCCUUUAACCAAUGUGACGAAAGGCAACAUUCACUUUGUGAUAGCAAGUAUCGUUACGUUAUCAUCAAUGUACGUAAUAUCGUAACAAUGAUUUGUUAAUAUCAAUAGACAUCGUAAUCAGUAUGCGGUGUUAAAUAGCGUUAUCUCUCCCUUCUGGAGGAACCUCGCAACGCGGAUUUCCUUCUACUGAACGUUUCAUGGCAAAAUGCACAAGAUAAAGAAACUUUUGUUAUGUACAAAAUCUGAGCCGCGAUCCUCGGACCUCUUAUACCGGAAUCUUUAAAUGAAAGAUGAAAAAUUGAACGAAACGUAAUUAUCUAGAAAGAUGUUAGGAAGGAAAUUAAGGGAAGAAAGGAAGGAAAAGAUGGUUCGCGUCGCGAGAUUCCUCGGUACAAUGGAUUCAUCCUCCCCGUAUAAAGUACGAAAAUUCUACGUGCAAAAGCCCUUAGAUCUAAAAAGAGCCGAGCCUACCGCAGUCGCUCGCACAGCUCUUAAAAAUUAAGCCGAGGUGCGAAUUCAACAGGUAUUUUGUCUGCGUAUUGUACACUCGUCGAAUGGAGAUUGGCUUUCUUCGGCUUUAAGGGUCAACCAAGGGUAACGUCUUCUUGCGGUCCCAGGGCCGCGUCUCGGCCAAGAAGAAACUCCAAAGUGACUUUUUACCAGCUGAACUUACUUAAACACUUUAGAUUUUGUUAAUCCUUUAGAUCACGGUGAGAAGAAAGCGUCGGUCGAGGGAAUUGCGUUCGAACAAACGAGACUUGAUAAAAGAAAUGAUUCCUCUUACUCCUACUUACCGUCGAAGAAAACAAGAUGGCGGCGCACCCGUCGCCCACCGCGAGCUCGAAUCGUCACAUCUACCUCGUGUUUUCCAGUCUUUCCGUUUUCCCCGGGACAUAUCUUGCCUAGAAAUAGGUGUAAGUGAUUGAUAAGCAUAUUAUUUAGACCGAGAUAUCGCUUGCUAAUGUAGGAAAUGACGUUUGUUUUUCCAUCAACUCAAAGGACGUCGCGUAACGGGAUGCGCCGCCAUUUUGUUCCCCGCUCGUUGUGGCUCUUGAAGCCAAGGUUAGUCGCGAUUAAAAUUCGAUUGAAACCGCUUUAGUGGCGCGUCUGUCAAUGUUGGCUUCAAAGAUCGUCCGCGACGUCCAUGCGUACAUAAUCAAAGCCUCGAGGUGAUGCAAUAUUGUGCCUUUAAUUCUCAUAAAAAUCGUUUCAGUUCUGCCAGACAGCUCGACCACCUGACGAGGAACGGCCACUGUCGACAAGCUUUUAAACGCCUGUCAAUCGUCGGAAUAUCGACGUUACACCGAAAGAUACCGCUAAGGGUCUACCUUUUUGGCUAAUCGUGGAAAGUCUAAUUUUAACGUUCGCUCGAAAGCGGCGGUUAGUCGAGGAUGCAUCGAUCGCGAGGUGAGCGCUUAAAAGUAGCAUCGAGUACCAAGUAAAUCUCCGAAAAUCCGUUACUCCGAAUGGUUCGUGUGUUUUUAAAAGUGCAAUUCAUCUUUAAUGUUCAUAAACAUAUCCGAUACAUACAUCUUAGCCGACACAGGAUUCGUCGUUAAGAUGCGCGCGCACAUUGGUAACAUGGCGCGAAACUCUGUCGAGUUUCCAGACGUCGCAGACAACUCGAGUUCCUCUCCAGGCGAUUUCCUAAAUUUCGAGGAGUCUCUCCCCAAUCGAUGCACCCUCGUCCCGCAAAGGAGACCGACAUUCUACGUACUUCUAUAAAUACUUUACUUAGAUUUUGGCGAGUGCCCGCAACGACUUGGUCCGACGUGUUAAUAUACAGUCAAGAUUCGUAAUAGGCAGGAGGAAGAUCGGUAAACCCGGGAUAAACUGUCGAGUGAGGUCCCUGCUCCUCGAGGAGAUCGAAAUCUGACUUUUCAGUGGACGACGGUCCUUCCUAAAUAAACUCCAACGAUCGACAAAGAUGGCUACAAGCGAGGAUAAAUCACAGCGAUUUGUAGCCUGCGCUUAACCCCUUCCCUUACGAUCUAAUUUCCAACUGUGCGGGCCAAAAGCGACACCAAGGUCGGUUCGAUAACCUUGCGACGCCUCUGAGGCGUCAUUGUAAGCUAAGGGGUUAAACCGAGUCUCUUUUAUUAUCCUAUACCCUUUACGAGAUAGAUCAAUCUGUACAGAUCGGUUUGCUCGGAUUUUUUCCGCAGAGAUUUAUCCUAACGUAUGUAGCCAUCCGACGUUCUCGUGGAUAAGAAGUCAGCUCGAGACUCCUAGAGUCGCACCGAUAUAUCUCAAGUAGCCUCAAAUCAUCCGAAAAAUUCUGAGGACUGACUCGUCGUAGAGCACUUUCUCCUAUGGCUUAGGAUCGACUCGGUGAUUACCGUGACUAUUUAUUAAUUAAUAUUUACAGCAAGUCGCGCCGCUAGGAACAUCCACGCGGUCUCGUUCCCCGAUGCUAGAACGUGUCGUUCCGUUACCCUGGUUUAUUUAAUCAGUUUGAAAUCGGAUCGUUAAGGUAUGUGCAACAAUGUUCCACGGGACCACGAAGUAGUAUAAGGAGUUUCAACGCCAUGUAUUCAAAUCGUUCCCACUUUAGCGGUCGAAGAUCUUCAGAUUUCUUCCGUUCGUGCCGAGAGCGCCCCCUCGAUGAAAUUUUUCAAUUAAACGUCAUCGUCUCCUAGCUGGUCCGCUAGCCUUUAAAUCUCGUUAAAAAAACAUCACAUUCUGCAUAGCAUGCGCGGAUAAUUGCUUUGCGUACCUUAAUUGUAAAAUUAAAAGCAUUUUAGGUCAUUUACGUCGGUAGGGAAUGUUUGGUCAUGUAGGAUGGAGGUCAUGGAGUUCCCUCGUUUCCCGCAAGGAGCGCUCGCGUCGUUGGAUCAGCGAAAGUCUGAGAUCCUGGGCCCCGAUUCUGGGGUCACUUUUUAUGGAACCGAUCAUUGGCAUUAUGUCUCCUUAUACUAAUUUAUGCAUGGAACUCGUUCUUCGAGCACGCUCGAACGGACUUAACUACCGAUCCGUACGCUAUGGCGAUAUACAAUGUAACAGGUUAAUUAUUCAGUCGCAAAUUCAUAUCGACGACGUAAGUCACCGUGAUUUCACCUAACCUUUCUUCAUUUAAUAUUUCAGGAAUGUCGGAGAAACGCCCGCCAUAAAUGCAUGCACGUAAGCGCGUACCUAUAACAAGCUUUCUCUGAAGUGACGAUUUGCCCAAAAUCCGAGCCCUUGUUACUUUUAGGGAAAAAUGAAAAAUCUCCUUUUACUUUCCAGGAGACCGACGAGGCGGUGCAACGCGAUGCAACUGAAAACUGCACAGCAACGAAUCCGAGGUUAGACCAAUUUGACCGAAGCCGCCAUUUUGAAAUAUCGUUAACGUCCUCGACCAGGCGAUUAGUGAGAUUAGUUUUGAUUUUUCCGUUCCAAGUCAUUUGAAAAUCUACGGUUCUCGGGGUUAAUCGUUAAUUGUAUAAAGUCACUCUACAUGUAGACAAACACGUAUACCGGUAAUAUGCACGUGGACACACCGAGAAAUACAUCUGUGGUAGGUGUACGCUCACUAAGUCGGUUUUCCUGGUUUAUAUUGGCAAGUGCUAAAAAUCGAACUCCACGAAUUGUCGUUCCUAUUUUCUUUUCUCUUUCUCUCUAACGUUUUAUUCCCGAGUAACGAUGAGACUUAACGAAUUUCAGGGACGGACGGAAAAGAUGCCGUGUCGCAUCAAUUUGGACAGAUCCAUUAACUCGUCUCCCGAUCGUCGCCAUUAUCAAGAGCGGUUAUAAACAAUUAUUUGCAAUAUGAGUUCACCAACGAAGGCAGUUCCUCGAGACCAAUUGUCGGAAAACAACGUGAACGUGAUAAACGAAAGGUGGCUAGACAAGUAACGAUAAAUCGUAGCGAUUUGCAGAUCAGAUUGUACAUAUAAGAUUUUAUAAAUUUAUCAUUACGUGUAAUAAUGUUACCCAACAAUAGAAACUCAAGGAACCAACUCGUCGGUAAUCCCGAUGAAGAGUCGCCUUAAGAAUCCGUUCGGAGCACAGGCAUUUCUCGAUAAGUAAGCGGAAGUUCUUCGCACCGUUCCCAUUCGUGCAUUUCAACGAGAGAACAAAAGGUCGGCGAUGAACAAAGAUGACGUAAAUUAAGUCGUUCCCAGAAGCGAGCAACACAGGGGGCAAAUAAAAAGCAAGCGAGCGUCAAGAAUGGACGUCGAGUCAGCGGUAUAUGGAAAGGACGCGGAGACGCGCGAGGUGCGGGAUAGAAAUCAUGAAAAGAUCCGAUACGACGAGCGUAUAAACCAGGAAAAUGUGACAGAAAAGACACGUCGCUUCGUUUGACCAUUCGAAGUACUCGAGCCGACGUGUGGUCCGCCGUAACUCUCGCACCUCUAUUUAUUAUCGUCUAACAUAAGGUCCCUGUUACGUUGCGGUAUCGUUUUUCGCUUUUUUUCGCCUUUGCAUCCUCUUCGAUUGUAUAUAAUAUAUGUGUAUAUAUAUAUAAUAUAUUUAUAUAUAUCUCGCGGGCUUCGAAAAUAUCACGCCUCCCGAAGCUUGGUUGAUUCACCUUAA